CAUGGCUCUGGAGACACUCGUCACGGCCUUGGCCUGCCUCAGUUCCACCACGUUGAAUUCCACGGAAAAUGCAGCGGGAAAACCACUUUCCGUAAUAAUGCGAAAUUCCGCAGAACCAUUCCUGAUGCCUGAGAAUGAGACUAGCAGUUGUCCUGUGAGCACAUUGGGUGCCCUGACAGCUCGCAUACAAUUUAUGACCGAUGAGUUGCAAAAUUUGAGAAAGGAAUUGGACGAAUUGCAACAACUGGUUGAGGAGUUUAAAACACAACCAAGUGCCGGAAUUCCUGUGGAAACCAGAUUUCUCAACCAAAGACCUGUCAUCCUGCAGAACCUGCCGCCUGUAACGCCUAUGGAUGAUAUACCUAGGAAUUGUUAUGAUGAGAAACAUGGCCAGGUGAGGAUUAGGAUCGCUCCGGAUAUGGAUCCCUUCUUUGUUAGCUGCGAUCAAAAGGAACGCGAUGGCGGCUGGCUGGUCAUUGCCUACAGAUACGAUGGCAGAGAGGACUUUAAUAGGGAUUGGGUGACCUAUAAGGCCGGCUUUGGUGCCCUCAAUACGGAGUUCUUUAUUGGAUUGGAAAAGCUACAUCGCCUCACCAAUAGUGAGCAUCAUGAGCUGCUCGUGAUAAUGAAGAAUCAGAAGGGAGAGGAACGCUUUGCCAUCUAUGAUCACUUUAGCAUUGGCAGUGAGUCGGAAAAGUAUCUACUAUAUGUGCUGGGUACUUAUAGAGGAGAUGCUGGGGACUCGUUGCGUUAUCAUGCUGGCAAAAAGUUCACUACCUACGAUCAGGAUAAUGACGAUAAUGGUCAGAAUUGCGCCAGGACACAUGCAGGAGCCUGGUGGUAUGGUCGAGAGUGUGUCCAGAGCAAUCUCUUUGGCACAUAUCAACCAAAGUUUGGCCACGAAAUUGGCUACUUCAAGGGCAUCCUGUGGAAACCAUUCCUGCCGGGACCCAAUGGAUCCCUCAGCUACGUUCGCAUGCUCAUCCGACCGAUUAAGAAGUCACCCUAGAAGGCGAUACCAUUAUUAUUAUCAAAGACUUACAAAACCUUUAGUUUGUAGAGUGAGAAUUUAGAGCAUUUCUCUCUCAUUGCCUUGCUUGGCUGAUUCCAAACGGGUUUUAAUUAUUGCAAUUAAUAUAUAUAUAUUUCGCAUUAAGUGAUGUUCAAUUAAUUGGCAUACAAUACACAUCACACACACACA